AUGGAGGGGUUUAACGAAGAGGAUUAUUUUAGCUCUGUACAUACGGAGGAGUAUAAGCAGGAAGAGGAGGAACAAGAGUCUUUUGGCGCUCAAAUGGAGUUUCUUGAAGAAAGAUUGAGAAAUGUUACAGAGGAGAAUACAACUCUUAAAGCUCAAAUCGAUCAUUUAUCCAUGGCUCUGGAAAAAGCCAAUUUGAAGAUAUCCCAGCAAGCUAAAAUUAUUGAGCUUCUUAAUCUUGAAAACGAGAGAAGACCACCCCCCCAACACCAUCCCUCCCGAACUCCCUUCCUCCAUCCCUCCCCUCCAAAUGCCCUCACCCCCACUCCUUCCCACAAAUACAAUAGAGGAAAGACUUGAGGCUAAUGAGCAGAGGCUGGAGAAGAUGAGUCAAGAGAGCUGGAUGAUAAAGGAAGAGGUUGGGAAGAUCAAAAGAGAAAGAGGGACAGAUAAAGAAAAGCUAUCAGAACAAGAAAUUAAACGUAAAGCAAACCUGAUGGUACAAAACGCUGAGAGAGAAAGAGACCACCUCGCUAGACUUCUUGAAAUGGUAGAAUUCAAGCAUAAUAAGUACGAUGGUGAGAGCUCUCAGCAAGAGAGUGGAGACUCUUGGGAAGACAGCAGGUCUUCACAUACAUCUAACCUCAGCUCUGACGGAGAGUUUAAGAUCAAGCUGAAAGAUACUGGGAGGAAGAAAGAUGUUCCAAGAGUAGUAGAGGUUAUUAAAGAUAACUUUUUCAGUAUCAUGGAGGAAUAUGAAAAUGAGAAGAAUUAUAGCCAAGCUGAACUCAUUCAGGUUAGAAAUGAUAUCAAGAAGAUGUACUCCAAAGUCAUCAAUUAUGCAGUAGAUGGCUGAGAGAUGGUUAAACUUAUUUUUCAAAUCUCUGGUGUUCUCAGUUUCAUUGACUGCUUUGAAGUCAGUGGAGAGCUUGAAAUGGUCAAGAAUAUACUUAAAGAUAAAGAAUCUACACAUAGAGCAAAGCUUAGAGCAAUGCAAGAGGAUAUAAUUAGAGCUAAAGAGGAAGUAAAUGAGCUUAAUAGUCAUUAUUUGAGGAAAUUUAACACAUUUCAAGAGAAUAAGACAAGAAAAAUUGAAGAGUUUAUUAAAGAAAAGAAAGCUAAAAAGUUAACAGAUGAGUAUUUACAGUCAGCAGACAUGCAAUAUGACCCAAAAAUCACAAAUACAACAUCAAAAGAAAGAAUGAGACAUCUUGCUUCCAUGAGCUUCGAUUCCUUCGAAAACAGUAAUAACACUUCUUUCGUCAACGAAAUAAUCAACAAAUCAUCUCACAUCCCCAACAACCUCGAAAAAUCCCUAUCAGCCAUCUCAAAUACCUUCCCCAAACCCCAUCUCUCCUCCCAAAAUCCCCACCCAAAACUCAGUACCCUCCAUCCUCACCCCACAGUCAAAAAACUUAACAAAAAAAACUUCCUGAACCCAAUCUAACCCCUAAAA